AUGGCUCAUGUCAGCAGUCAUGGGAAGUUGCUCUUGCAGCGUCUUCAUGAGCAGCGGGAGAUGGACUUCCUGUGUGACAUCACCAUCGUGGUGAGAGACGUGGAGUUCAGAGCUCACAGAAACAUCCUGGCGGCGUUCAGCAAAUACUUCUCGUCUCAGGCGGAGAAGGGUCAAGACGUCACGACCCUCGACCCCGACAAGGUCAGCCGCUACUCUCUGGAGAAGCUGCUGGAGUUUAUCUACACGGGACACAUGAACCUGAGCAGCACCAGACAGGCGGCGGUGCGUCGGGCCGCUGUGUUUUUAGGAAUGCCCGAAGCCACGAAGUAUCUGGAGGACACGCCUCACUGGUCCGAGCACAGCGAGAAAUCAGAAGCCGGUCUCUCUCCUCCGAGUCCCAGCGGCUCCUGGAGCAGCCCCAGCUCCCCCCUCGAACUCUCCAUCGUCUCCGUCACGGGAGGGGUGGCAGAUGGCGAGGCGAAGGAGCGGGACAAGGAGGUAGACCUAGACGGGGAGGAGAAGAGCGACGAUGAGUAUAACCCUUCGUCGAGGAGCGCUGUGAGAGGACUGGGGAGGAAGAGGGGCCGAGGGAGACCCAAACGUCUCAGCGGCGAGGCGGCGGAGCCCAGCAGCUCUACUGACGAUACCCCCAAAGUCCAGAGCUACAGAGGGAGGGGGAGGGGUAGAGGGAGAGGAAGAGGAAGAGGGGAGAGGAAGAGGGGCUUAGAAGACAAGAUGACGCUCGGGGGGGAGGAUUCGGACGGGAGCGUGAAAGACCUCGGCGACGACUCGGCGGACUGGAGCCCUCAGGACGAGACCGCCGCCAAAAAACCCCGACUGAGCAGCAGCAGCAGCGGAGAGGGGCGGCGGGGUCGAGGGAGGGGGCGAGGGAGAGGCAGAGGGAGGGGGAGAGGGAGAGGAAGGAGGAGGGACGAGGACGAAGAGGAGAGCGGCGAACUCGGGGCGGACGACGAGGUGGACGAGAUCGGGGAGGACGGGACGGAGAUCGGGGAGCAGGACCCGACGGGGAUGGACGAGCAGACGCUGCAGACGCUGCACAGCUGCGGAGAAUGUAACAAACUGUUUAAAGACGCCAGCAGCCUCCACCGACACGAGAAGAUACACAACGGACUCAAACCCUUCUCGUGCAUCUUCUGCUCCAAAACCUUCAGACAGGCGACGCAGCUCAAAACACACCUGCGCAUACACACAGGUGAGAAGCCGUUCAACUGUUCAGACUGUGAUAAGUGUUUUGCUCAGAAGUGUCAGCUGGUGGCUCAUCGCAGGAUGCAUCACGGCGAGGAGAAACCGUACACCUGCGAACGCUGCGGCUUCAAGUUCGCCACGUCGUCCAACUACAAAAUCCACAUCAGAGAAACUUCAAAGGGUAACACAGGUGUGCAGUGUCUGCUGUGUGGGAACAGGUUUGCCAGUGUGAAGAACAUGAUCAAACAUCAGGAGAAAGCUCACGCUGAUGAAGUACGGCAACACAAGGAGAGAGCCAGAGCCGUGGUCCUCUUGGCCUCCAGUCAUCCGAUGGCCUUCGUCCAGAGUAAACUCUCCCAGGAGAACAAAGGUCUGCUCUCCAUCCCCGAAGGCGAGCCUCACAACCCAGAACCGAUGACCCCUAACCCCAAAUCCUCCGACCCGUCCUCCCACAUCACCUCCGACGCCACCAACGCCUCCACCAGCACCUCCUCCAUCAUCCGGGACUUGAAGGCGGAGCCGAGCCACGAGCCGAUCAGCGCGGGCGGCGGCGACCAGGUUUCCUUCGAGGCGGACCAGGACCAGCAGACCAUCAACUCGGACACGCUGCACGCUCUGGUGGAGCAGCUGCGGCCGCCUCCUUCCCCCGCUCAGAGCCUGGAGCAGAUCGUCAUCAUCAGGACGGUCGACAACGAGCACGGCCAGCAGCAGCAGUAGUAGUAGUGAUGAGGCGUUCGAGGGAGAGAGAAAAAAAAAA